AUGGCCUCCCGGCGGCCCCCAACCCCUCCCGCCAUCGCCGCGACCAUCCUCCUCCUCCUCCUGGGCAGCGCCGCAGCCGAUGAAGUGGACGACCUCAUCGACAGCGUGGAGGCGGUCGUCGAGAAGAUCGCCGACGAGGCCACCGCUGCGUUCGCCAAGCGGUUUGAGUCUGUGGAGGGAUGCGCGUGCUCGCCUCACGCCUGCGGGAGCGAUUUCGAGAGCAGCGAGUGCGCGGAGGACAUCGGCGACGCGGAGCUGUGCGGGGCGUGCGCCGGGCAGAAGCUGUCAUUUGAAGAGAGCUUCAUCUUGACACCACCAACAGUUGACCUUGAGGACCUCCCUGCUGAUGUCAAGGAUUCCAUCUGCACUUUCAGGGGCUUAAAUGAUGUGUUCAGUGAGGUUAAGGACGACUUGGGAAUCAGGGCAUGGAGUUAUGUGGCCACGACGAAUGGUGUCAUGAGAAACUGGCCUGGCCAUGCGCACGAGCGUGGAGAAGAUGUCAUCCCAGAGCUUGCCGAUCCAAACCUGGAGGGCUGCAAAAUAUAUGACCCGCGGAUACGGCCAUGGUAUGCAGCGGCAACAAGUGGUCCAAAGGACGUUGUGCUGGUCGUUGACACUUCGGAGAGCAUGCUGGUGGCCAGUGAUGGCGAAGGGGAUUCGAUGACACGUUGGGACGUGGCCAAGAGGGCCAUCCUGAGCUUGUUGGACACAUUUGGCAUCACAGACUACAUCAACAUGGUUGAAUUCAAUGACAAGGUUACGAGCCUCAACCCAGGGAAGAUGCUGCAAGCCACGUCUGAGAACAUCGCUGCGCUGAAGGAAGAGGUGAAUGGGAUUGAACCCAAUGGGGGUACUGACUUUCGCAACGGCUUGGAGGAGGCAUUCGAUCUGCUGACCGAGGCUACAGUGAGGCACAGGGAGGAGGAGGAGCUGGUCAGCUCGGACUGUCAGAAGGUGAUUAUUUUUGUGACUGCUGGUGAAGAUUGCACAUUGGGCAAUGGGAAGAAGUGUGCAAAGAAACCACCAAAAAAUUUGACGCCUGUGGAUGCCGUGCUGGAGCUCAUUGAGGAAAAGCAGCAGGAGCUGGUGGAUGCGGGCAGCCAAAGGGCACACAUUUUUCCAUACUCCUUUGGCGCAGAUGCAGACGACGAGAUUCCAAAGGAGAUGGCUUGCGCAAACGAGGGCGUUUGGGGCCGUAUCCUUUCAACUGAUGACCCUCUCUUCAAGAUGAAUGCCUACACAGCAUACCUCGCUAGCCAGCGAGGCAAUUCGGAACCCAUUUGGUCCAGGCUGUAUGAAGACGAGUUUGGACUAGGGCUGGUCGUCACUGCUGCAAAGCCAAUCUACAGCCCCAAGACAUCUCUGGGUGCAGAUGGUUCGCUUGUUGGCGUGGUGGCCCACGAUGUCAGAAUUGCUGACAUCGAGGAGGUCGCUCCUGACUUCAAAUCUGUAAUCCUGCAAAUCAUCAGGCGGGGAAUCCAGUGCAUAGACACUGUUUUCACAGGCUGCGAGCUUCAGGUGCUCAGAGGGGAGGAAGGCCAGUGCCCUGAAAAAUUCGACGAGGCGGACUGCUACUUCUUCGAGAAGUCAGGCAGCUAUUACAUCGCUCCCAAAGAGCCCCUGCUGACCUUCGACGACGCCGAAGCCUUCUGCCAGGACUUGGGAGGCAAGCUUGCCGACAUUGACGAGCCAGAGGAGGAAGAUUUGCUGGCAGGCCUGGCUUCGAAUGCUGGUUCCUGGAUCGGCCUAAGGCGUGACGAUACAGGCGAAUGGAAGUGGAGGGUGACGGGUGACGCAGUCCCGGAAGACUCCGACAUCUGGGUGUUCAGGAAGGAGUUGCAGGACCCCAAGAAAGAGUGUGCAACUAUCGAUCGCCGAGGCGUGAGGAACAGCGUACAUCCAGAGGACUGCGCCACGCUCACUCGACCCAUCUGCGAAUUCCCUGCCGACGCCAUUCCCGAUCAGUGCACUGGUGACAAGGCGCUCCAGAUCGAUGAAGACUACGAAUACAACGUUCGGCCUCUCUCAACGUGCAGACAAGAGGAGGUCGAUCGACUGGACGCGACCUCGGCCAGCCCUGGCGCAGAGGACCUUGCCAUCGAGGAUGUGGUGUGCUCGCUGGGCGAGACGAAGAGCACGUUUGACGUUCGUUGCUGUGACGAUUGUGACGUAUAG